GAAAUAUUACAAACGCGGCAGCUUGGACUUGUUUUAACUAAAGACACGGCCUCCCUGACCACUCAGGGGCCCCGGCGGAGAGGUCAUCCAGGCCACCCGAGGGUCCCCGGAGCAGCCACCGACCCCCGGGCGGCGCCGGGAGAAGCGCGGCUGGCGAAGGCCAGGCCUGAAGGGACUAGCUGGCGCGCGCCAAAAGGGCGUGGUGACGUCAGGGCGGAAGCGCACGCUGCGUGAAGCGGCCCAGAUCCCGGCGGUCACGGGAAUAUACGUCGCGCCGAGAACGCCGGUUAGUCUCGCUCCGGGUUCCGGCUGCGUUGGGUGUGCGUGCGGCUCUCUGAGACUAUGGCGUCCGGGCCUCACCCGACCGCUACCGUUGCUGCCGCCGCCUCGUCGGCUGCCCCGAGCGCGGGCGGCUCCAGCUCCGGGACGACGACCACGACGACGACUGCGACGGGAGGGAUCCUGAUCGGCGAUCGCCUCUACUCGGAAGUUUCGCUCACCAUCGACCACUCGCUGAUUCCGGAGGAGCGGCUGUCGCCCACCCCGUCCAUGCAGGACGGGCUCGACUUGCCCAGCGAGACGGACUUGCGCAUCCUGGGCUGCGAGCUCAUCCAGGCCGCCGGCAUUCUCCUCCGGCUACCGCAGGUGGCGAUGGCAACGGGGCAGGUGUUGUUUCACCGUUUUUUCUACUCCAAGUCUUUCGUCAAACACAGUUUCGAGAUUGUUGCCAUGGCUUGUAUUAAUCUUGCAUCAAAAAUUGAAGAAGCACCAAGAAGAAUAAGAGAUGUGAUUAAUGUAUUUCACCACCUUCGCCAGUUAAGAGGAAAAAGGACUCCAAGCCCCCUGAUUCUUGAUCAGAACUACAUUAACACCAAAAAUCAAGUUAUCAAGGCAGAGAGAAGGGUGCUAAAGGAGUUGGGAUUUUGUGUUCAUGUCAAGCAUCCCCAUAAGAUCAUUGUUAUGUAUUUACAAGUCUUAGAAUGUGAACGUAAUCAAACCCUGGUUCAAACUGCCUGGAAUUAUAUGAAUGACAGUCUUCGAACCAAUGUAUUUGUUCGAUUUCAACCAGAGACUAUAGCGUGUGCUUGCAUCUACCUUGCAGCUAGAGCACUUCAGAUUCCAUUGCCAACUCGUCCCCACUGGUUUCUUCUUUUUGGUACUACAGAAGAGGAGAUCCAGGAAAUCUGCACAGAAACACUUAGGCUUUAUACCAGAAAAAAGCCAAACUAUGAAUUGUUGGAAAAAGAAGUAGAGAAAAGAAAAGUAGCCUUACAAGAAGCCAAAUUAAAAGCAAAGGGAUUGAAUCCUGAUGGAACUCCAGCCCUUUCAACCCUUGGUGGAUUUUCUCCAGCUUCUAAACCAUCAUCACCAAGAGAAGUAAAAACUGAAGAGAAGUCACCAAUCUCUGUUAAUGUGAAGACAGUCAAAAAAGAACCUGAGGAUAGACAACAGGCUUCCAAAAGCCCUUAUAAUGGUGUAAGAAAAGACAGCAAGAGAAGUAGAAACAGCAGAAGUGCAAGUCGAUCAAGGUCAAGAACACGAUCACAUUCUAGAUCACAUACUCCGAGAAGACAACUUGGCUCCAAAUGAUUUGUUGCUGUUUCAAAAAACCAAAUACACCCACAGAGAGAUGAAGAUUUACUGCCACUAAGGAUGCUUAAAAAUAGUACAGCUUCUGAAGACGAUUACAAAGAAGAUUCGCAAACAUGUUCACCAGUGGCGGGCAGUGGGGCUAGAAAGGAGAAAGCCUCACAAGGCAACCACAGUGACGGAGACAAGACUCAUUUGGAUAUAAAAAUGCCGGGUAUGCUACUUAAAUCAGUUCUUUAACUCUAACUAAUAUGGCCUAGCAUGGAUGAGCUGAAAGGGAGGAAAAGCAAUUAUGAAUGUUCUGUAUGAUUUUAUAGUACAUGUUGCUGAGCUGUAACCGUUUCUGAGGAGCUUCAACUGCCUUAAAUAGUAAACAGUUUGUCCUUUACAAGAUAAACAAUGAAGAAAGACAAUGGCAGAUGUCAGCAGAGGCCCUAUUUAACAAACUAAUCUUGAAAAUGAUUUGCCUUCAUCUUUGGGAAUAACUAUGAGGGUGACUUGUGGAAAUGAAGACAGACCUGUAUUUGGAGUGAGGCUUGAAUGUUAGAGAUGGCUUUAGUAUCUUUUCCCAUGUGGCGUAACUUUUGUUACUAAGUUUUCUAGGUGUCAGACUGAAAAAUUUACUGCUUUGCAUGCCUUUAAAAACAUGUUUCUGUUACAGAAAAAGCAAUCUUCAAACUUUUCUUAAGAGAAUUUCAAAUAGAAGUAGAGUACCUGUUAGCUCAGAAAAUAAUGAUCAAUUCAUGGUCAGCCAACCUUGUUUAUACCUCAGCAAUUCACUCCACCUUCCACCUUUAUUUGGAAGAAAAUCCCAUUCAAAUAGUUUCAUCACCAAGUAUUUCAGUCCAAAAGGUAAAUGCAAACAGCCACAGUACUUUGAUGAUACACUUAACAGUACUGCCCUACUACAUCAGUAUCCAGAUUUCCCUUACUGUUUCUAAUGAUUUUAUAAUUGGUUUGUUCAAAUAAGGUUGGUCGUUGCCUUGGUUUUCAUCACAGAUUUCCAUGUUUGUUUUUUCCCUUAUAAUUUAAAGAAGUUAGGUCAUUUGUCCUGAGACAUUUGUGACGUUCUUGGUUCACUGUAACCUUAUGGUGUUCACUGACCUGUUUUUCUGUUCCCUGUAAACCUGUAGAGUAGAGUUCAAGGUUUGAUCAGAUACAGGUUUGACAAUCUUACUGGUCUAAAAUUCAUACGUCUGGGGGCCCAGGCUAUGUGUUAUUCUAGAACUAGUACUAGAUUGUUGCCUCAUUCAUCAGGUAAUUGACUGAGUCCCCAAUUCUCAAUCCAUUAGUGCUUGAAAGUCAACAGCCUUGUAUGCAUGUUCCCCACUUGUGUCAUUACCAUAUUUUCCAUUAAAGCCGAAAAUCUUAAUGUGGAAAAGCUGCUGUUAAGUAUUCGUGCUAAUGAUCCCUGUUUUUAACACACAGUCUUUUCAUGGAAUUUCCUUUUAUAGAAUGUUAACAUUUGUCCUUUACAAUUGGUCUCUUAACCCUAAAGGAAGACCAGUGAAAUUGUUGAUCAUUGUUCCAUUUUAAAAUGGAAAAAAUACGUAGUCAUAAAAAUGACUACAUUUUUACUGAAAUUAAAAGUUUUGCUUUAUAGCUUUGGUCACUGUUAACAUCGGUUACUAACCCCAUUAUUAAGCCUACAAUCUGCAUUAAAAGCCUUAUUUAAAAAUUUUACGUUGGCUUUCAUGAAAGUUUUCAAAAACAAGAUAAUUUUAUAGUAACAAAUAUUCUUCGUCUUAAGAGCCAUUUCUUAACUCACCAUGGGCUGUAACAGAUAAUUAAUGAAGGUUAAUGGCUUUUUUUAAAGAGCAGAUUUUUCCAAGAAUCGUUAAAAACACAGACACUCAAUUUAGCUUGAGAGAUUGACACUAUAUAGGGGUUUGAUAAGGAAAACUAUCACUUCUCCCACUGGGAAAAUUGGAAAGGAAGCAGCUUUCAUUGAGUGGGCCUUGAUCCCCCCAUAUCCCCUAGAGUGGUUAUUUGUGUGUCUGGAAGGCACAGCUUAACUUCAUUUGUAACCAUUUGAACUUUGUCCAUUUCUGGAAUGGAAGGAACAUGUACUUCCAUGUCAGCUCGGCAUUCCACUCAUUCCUCUUACUUAGGUGACUUGGCAAGUCAUUUAACCUCUUGUCUGCAGACUGGCCCUUAUCUCACAGUAUUUUGUAAAGUAUGUGUUAGGCAGAUAGAAGGAUAUUUCCAUCCCUGUAAUCCAAACAGUUCAUAUUUAAAAAUGCCUAAGAAAAGUUUGAAUUCUGUGUUUCCUAUGAACACAAUUCAAAAUACAGCUGUUUCAGAAUGCUACCUCACUGAGAUGAGAUCUGAUCGUGGGUGGUGCAAGAUUUUAAUAAUUAAACCAUGAAAACAUUGGGCUCUUU